ACACCAAAGUCUUCACCCUCCUCAUCAUCACAUUCAGUCUCUACAAUCAGGUAAAUCGAAGCAGCGAGGAUGUCUUGGGACGAUGGAAAGCACGCGAAGGUCACGAAAGUGCAGCUUACGUACGAUGACGUCAUCUACUCGGUCCAGGUCACGUACGAGGGAACCAACCUUCAAUCUCAGCGUCGCGGCUCCGUUGGGCCCAAAUACGCCGAGUUCACUUUGGGAUCAGACGAGUACAUAACGGCUCUCUCUGCUUACGGCAAAACGUUGAGCACGCAAGACGUUAUAACGGCGUUGACUUUCACAACCAACAAAAAGACUUACGGACCCUACGGUAACAAAUCCGGUUUCCAGAUCUCUGCUCCUGAGGCCACCGGUAAACAGAUCGCCGGUUUCCUUGGUACCAGCGGCAAUGUCCUCAACUCCAUCGACGUUCACUACGCUCCCGUUCCCACCGGAUCUGGAACCGGUGGAAGUGGAACUGGCGGAACCGGAACCGGUACGGAAGGAACCGGAACCGGUGGAAGUGGAACCGGCGGAACAGGAACCGGUGGAAGUGGAACCGGCGGAACUGGCACGGAGGGAACUGGAGGAACCGGAACCGGGGGAACAGGAACCGGCGGAACAGGCACGGAGGGAACUGGCGGAACCGGGGGAACCGGAACCGGCGGAAGUGGAACCGGAACCGGUUCAGGGGCAGAGAAAUUGGAGGCACAAGGCGGCACAGGAGGAAGCGAAUGGGACGACGGGUCCGAUCACGACGGAGUGACGAAGAUAAACGUAAGAACAGGAGGGGCAGGCAUUCAAUACGUCAAGUUCGACUACGUGAAAGGCGCAACACCAAAACUAGGAGCCCUCCAUGGUGUGCAGGGUUCUAGAGGUUCAACGCGAGAGAUUUUGAUUAACCAUCCCGAAGAGUAUCUAGUUUCCGUCGAUGGUUGGUAUGAUUCAUCCAAUGUCAUCUUAGGAAUCCAAUUCAAAACCAACCAAAAGACUUCUGACUACCUCGGCUACGAGUUCGAUGGUACUGGUACUAAAUUUACUCUCCAAGUUCAAGACAAGAAGAUCAUCGGGUUUCACGGUUUCGCCAGCGACCAUCUCAAUUCCAUUGGAGCUUAUUUCGUUCCAUUAGCCUCCUCCUCCACCACUCCCGCCAAGAAGCUUGAAGCUAAAGGUGGUGAGACAGGAGAUGUGUGGGACGAUAGUGCUCACGACAAUGUUAAAAAGGUAUAUGUAGGACAAGGCCAAGAUGGUAUAGCAGCCGUCAAGUUUGAUUACACAAAUGGUUCUCAGGUGGUUAUUGGAGUUGAACAUGGAAGAUCUACAAUGCUUGGUUUCGAAGAGUUUGAGCUUGAAUCAGAUGAGUACAUUACAUCCGUGGAAGGCACUUAUGACAAAAUCUUUGGGACUGACAGUGCAAUAGUGACUAUGCUUACGUUCAAGACAAGCAAGAACAAAACAGCUGGACCCUUUGGGCUUGAAGGUAGCACACCGUUUGUAUUCAAGGAGGAAGGUUACAAGAUUUCCGGGUUCCAUGGACGAGCUGGUGAGGUUGUUCAUGCUAUCGGAGUUUACUUAGCUCCAUUAGGCACCAUCCCUUUGACACCAGCAGAACCAACCAAGAAGCUAGAAGCAGCUGGUGGUGAUGGGGGAACUUCAUGGGAUGAUGGUGUUUACGACGGCGUAAGAAAAGUGUCUGUAGGACAAGCCCAAGAUGGUGUUGGAGUGGUCAAGUUUGUGUAUGACAAAGGAGCUCAGGUUGUUGUAGGAAAUGAACAUGGAAAAACUACAAUGCUUGGAUUUGAAGAGUUUGAGCUUGACUAUCCAAGUGAAUACAUCACGGCAGUGGACGGCACCUACGAUAAAAUCUUUGGGAGUGACUCAGCGGUCAUUACCAUGCUUAGGUUCAAGACCAAUAAGCAAACAUAUGGUCCCUUUGGUAUGGAAGCUGGCACACCCUUCGUACUCAAAGUGGAAGGCCACAAGAUCGUUGGUUUCCAUGGAAGCGCCAGUGAUCUUCUUCAUAAAUUUGGAGUUCAUGUCCUUCCCAUCACCAGCUGAUGAUUAUGGAGAUCUUGAAUUUGUCGCACUUUGUGGUCUCUCUCUUGAUAGCCUUUGAACUUUGAAUAAGGUGAUUCUUCCUUUUCUGGUUUCUGUUUGUUUUCUUCUUCAGUCUUUCUCUUUGUGUUGUAGUUCUGUCUUUGGUUGAUUUGUGAUCUAUUUUUAAUAAAGGGAUUUUGUUCCUAA